UUAUGACGUGAUUUGUGGUUUUUAGUUCCUCAAUCUCAAUUUGAGUAGGAUUUUUGUUGUGGAAUAUAAUUUAUUUUGGCGAGCACACCAAAUGUCAGAAUGCUGCGCAUGACAUAACCUAGGCGUUGAAGGUCUUUGCUUACAAAUCGAAGAUCGAAACAAAGUUUAGCUAGCCUUGAUCUUGUACAUAAGAAAGCAUAUAAACAAAAGUGAGGCAUUUCUAAAGUACAAUUUGCUGUUAUUGCAGUAAAUUUUCCUGUCAAUUUAAUGUUGUUUUAGUGGGUUGUGGAUUUGUAAAUAGUCGGUGAAGCUGUGCCUCAUUUGUGCUGGCGUGCAUCGAUUCUUGCUUAGGGGUUAGGCGUCGCAUAAAACUUGCUACCCGUACAAGGGAAUCACUCGAUUCGAUCGAUAGUUGUUUGUUUUCCGUCUUCUAGCAAGUACCAUCGAGUACUGUCGUGUAUAAGAACUUGCGAAAAAUGCCACAGGAAAUCAAGCGCGAGCGUAAAAGUACACAGUCAAUGAUGCGCCCGAAAUCUAUUCACUGGAAUGAAGCACCCUUAUCUCCCUGUCCUAUCCCGGAUAUCAGUGACGAUGAGCUGGUGUCGAUAACGGUACGCGAUCUGAACCGUACGCUGAAAAUGCGAGGAUUGACGCGUGAGGAAAUUGUUCGCAUGAAGCAACGGCGUCGUACGCUGAAAAAUCGAGGAUACGCCGCCAGUUGCCGUAUAAAGCGCAUUGAGCAGAAGGAUGAGUUGGAGACGGAGAAAUCACAAGAAUGGCGUGAUAUGGAGCUAAUGCACGAGGAAACUGGUCGAUUGCAGGACGAGGCAGAUUCGCUGCGAAACAAAUACGAGGCAUUACGGAAAUUUGCUAUUUCGAAAAAGAUACCACUACCGCCGGAACUUGACGUGUUAUAAAGUGGACCUAAGUUCGGACAUCGUUAAAGAUGUUGUGAUAUAUGUAACAUGUUUACAAUUUCCUUUUUUAAUAUUUAAUAUGUUUCUUAAACUAAGAACACUUGCAUUCUAUUUCAUAAUAAAAAUAAGCUUUAAAUAGCAGUC